CAAAGUUUGUAAAUUGUGCCCAUGGACUUUUGUCAAUUUCUAACUUUAAGGGUAUGGAAGAGGGCCAGAAAUAGACCUUUACUUUUCAUUUGGAAGGAUUUAAUCAGCUUUCUAAAUUUCCUAUUUUGGGGAUUUUCAAGUAAUAUAUUCUCUAUGUGUAUUAAAUAAUGGUUUACUCCUGUAAAAUGAAAUUGCUAGAAUCAAUCAAGCCAGUGCACCAGUAGUUAUUUGUAAUGAAUGAUUGUAUUUGACAUUAAUGGUCAACUCUGGAACUAUAUUUUACAGUCCACUUCUGUUUUACAAGUAUAUUUAAACACCUUGGGGUUACUAUAGAUAAUAAGACUUACAAUUCAGUAUAUUUAUUUAUAUUUUUAAAGUAUAAUAUGACCUCAACUCAGUGGAGAAAUGGUGUUUAUGCAGGUUUGUGUCAAUUACAUAACAUUAAAAUUGUCUGAUUUUUGUCAGUUAAUGGUAAUUAUGAUCAUUGGGGUGGUUUACUUUAAGGCAGCCAACUUAUAAGAAGAAUGGGGCUCUCAAGGCAUUUUAACUUAAGUGCUCAACUGUUUUCAGGGUCCAUUUUUUAUUUUUAGGCACUUAUGCAGUGAUAGAUGAAUCUCUGAAAAAUGCUUUUAAAUUUUAAUUUUAAAAAGAAAAAGCAAGUGCAGAACACAAAAGUGUUUUAAAGUAUGCCUUCUUUACCAGCAAUAGUUCAUUUGAAAAAUAAUGCCAGAUUUUUGCCAAGGUCAGUGUUUCCUCACAAUGAAGAUAAAAAUAGAUCUGUAUAGUGCUCCUGUACCUCUACAUAGUUUCUUAAAUAAUUUUGAGCAGUUACGCAUUUAUCUAAAGGAAAUAAAUCAACUGUGAAUAAAUGCAUGUUUACCAAAAUGGCUGUUUACAGUGCAUUUAGUUCUUAUAAAGUUGACAUUUCACAGAAUAACUUAGUUUGAAAUUCUAUAUAGUUUAAACAUCAGUCAUAUUUGGAGACAAAGGAAAAUGUGCAAUAUUUUAUAUGUAGGUAAGCUAAUUGAAGUGUACCUAAUUGGAUUAUCUGAUUAAUUUGUAAUAGAUAAGUUGUAUAACAUUUUCAUAUCUUAAGAUGUUUUUUAGAUUAAUCAUCAAGUAAAAUAUUAUUUUCAAAAUAAAAUUCUACAGAAAAAUUCUGCUGGCUAUGAUAUACACAUUUUUGGACAAGAUAGGAACUAGAGCCAAAAGUAGUAGUUGAUAAUUUUAUUUGCUAUGCCCUAAUUUGUAAGAUUCUUAUCAGUUAAAUCUGUAGGGUUUUUUUUUUUUUUUUUUUUAAACCAUCAUGAUGUUUGUGAUUCUUAUUAGGAAUAUCAGUGUUAGAAUUAAAAAAAUUGGGGCUUGGGUUGUGGCUCAGCAGUAGAACACUUCGCGCUCGCCUAGCACCGGUAGGACCCGGGUUCGAUCCUCAGCACCACAUAAAAAUAAAGGCAUUGUGUUGUGUCCAUCUACACCUAAAAAUAAAUAUUUUUUUAAAAAAGAAUUAAAAAUUUUGAGUUUUUCAUGUAUUUAAAUAAUCAUAUAUUUAUGGAAAAAUUAGAGAAAUCACUUCCUUGACAUGUGAUGAAGUGUUUACCUCUAGUGGUAAGAUUUUUAUAAUCACCUUCCAUGGUUUAGGAGGUGAAUGCUAUAACUUAUACAUUAUAAAUUAAUAAUUAGAUGUGUAGUUUGGUUAUGAAAUCUUUUCUAAAAUGACACUACCACAAAGUUUAUAAAUUCAUUUUUUGAGACAGUCAUUGCUCUGCCUUGGUUAUUAAAAAUGUCUUUUUUAAGAAAUUCUCUUUAAAAAAUAUUUCUGGUGUAUUAAUCAUACUUGAUUUUUGUGAAGUGGGGGGUAAACCACACCAUUAAGAGAAUAAAGUGAAAUCCAGAAGAGAUAAUUAUAAGAUUUGUCACAGGCCCCAAAAACAUAAAUAAAGAUUGGUGUGGAAUCUCAUUAGUGUACAUGUUUUCUACCAUUGUAGACUUACCUUUUGUUAGCAUGUUUCUAAUGGUAUUAUAUAGUAAAUUUUUCAAACAUAGUCCAUUUUUAGUGUGAAUUGUUGCUUCAAAGAAACAUGAACUGUAAUGGUAUUGAGUUUUAAAAUUUUUAUUUGGGAAUUUUUACAUAGGAGUUGUGGUAGACCCAAAGUUCCUAUAAUAUUGCCUAUGGACACCUUUACAUUUAAACUUUUUUUUCCCCUCCUACAUAAACUUACUUUAAUUUUUUCAAACUUCUAAAAUGUACUGAGUAUAGUUAAGUAUGGAAGUAGCAUUAGAGUUAUUGGAUUGACCUGGCUCUGCUAAAUUGAUGUAUUUAGGAAAAUCACUAAAUUACUGUGGCCUUCUAUUUCUUUAGCUUGUAUAAGGAACAAAGUAGAUGUUCUCUUCCAGCCCUUAAGUGCUUCAGGUUUAUACACACACACACACACACACACACACACAAUACCUUUAUUUAAUUUAUUUUUAUUUUUAUGUGGUGCUGAGUAUUGAACCCAGUGCCUCACAUGUGCCAGGCAAGCCCUCUGCCACUGAGCUACAGCCCCAGCCCAAGUGCUUCAGUUUUAAGUAGAAUAUGAUUGUAGUGUCAAAUCUAAAAGCAAAAGUGAGCUUUUAUUAGCUAUCAAAUUAUGCACAUAAUACAUAAUAUGCAUUACAUUUAUAUUAUAAAAGUUUACCAGGUAUCAUCCAUAGUUUUCUUGUACAUUAGUUAAAUCUGUCACAUUCUAAUUGUGAUAGUGCAAAUUAUGAUACAUUUAUUUUAAAUUACCAAUUUUUGUAGAAUUUUGAGUAAAUACACCAGCUAAAUAGAGUGAAUGUAGGAAUAUAUCAUUUCAAAAGUAUAAAACUUUGUUAACCAUUAAGGAAGCACUUUUCCCUUAAAAGUUUAUUACAUAAAAUUAUAAAGCCAAAUUAUGAAAUAUUGGAUAGGUAUUAGAAUUUUCUAGCGAAAUAGGAAAAUAAACUAGUAAACUCUAGUUUACAACAGGUUUAUGGGUGAGACCGUAGAGAUACUUGGAAAAUAAUCCCCAUCACUGACCAUACACUGCAUUACAGCCAACACAACUUUGUUUCCAACACAGCUGAGGUCUAGGAUCAUUGGAAAAACCUUUUGUUGAUGUUUGUAGAGAAAAGUACCAUGACCCUCUUAAUGUAUCUGGGCCAAACAGUUCUGAUGAUUCAAAAAGCCAUUGUUUCCUAUCAGUAUUUAGGCAAAUCAUUGAUCGCCUUUGUUGAACUGGGACGGCUUUGAAACCCGUGUGGUAUGGUGCAAAUAAAACCAUUAGAACUUUAAAUCCAUAUUUCCCUUGAAUCUGUCACUUCAACAAAUUUGUAUAAUACAUGCUAAAUUUUCUUUUGUGCAGAGUUUUCUGCCUUCAUUUGGAGGUAUGGUCAUGUAUCUAAGGAGAGAGGAAAUCUGAAGAAGACAUAGCAGCUGAAAAGCCUGCAACCACUGUUAAGAGGAGGUCAAUAUUUUAGCUAUAGGUGGAAAGACUGUUCCUGAGUAACAAACUUCACUCGUUCUGAGAACCUUUACUUAUUUGGAUCUGCCUGAUAGAAUAAAAUUUUUACCUUCAACAUUGAAAAUUUAUCAACAUCACCUAAGGAAAGGCCUUUUAUAUAUUCAAAAGUAAAAUGUGGGCUGGGGCUGUUGCUCGGUGGCAGAGCGCUUUCCUAGCAUGUGUGAGGCACUAGAUUCGACCCUUAGCACCACAUUAAAAAUAAGUGAAUAAAAAUAAGGGCAUUCUGCUCAUCUACAACUAAAAAAAAAAAAAAAAAAAAAAAUUACAAAACAAAAAAACGUCACCACUAUUCGUAGCUCCACAUGGAAGUUUACCAAGGCUGAAUGUCUUUGGAUACAUAAUCCUGUCCAGGAGAUUAUGUCAUUUGCAGAAAUUUAAAAGUUUGGGAUCUUGAGCUGGACAUGGUGACACACCUGUAAUCCUAGCUAUACUGGAGGCUGAGACGGGAGCGUGGUAAGUUCUAGGCCAGCGUGGGCAAUUUAGCAAGGUCCUGUCUCAAAAAUUAAAAAGGGCUGGGGACUCAGUGGUAAAACUGCUGGGUUCAAGCCCCAGUACAAAACAACAUAAAUUAAGACUUUUUGCCAUCUGAUAUUUGAGUGCCUUUGAAAGGGAAACUGUUACACGUAAAGAAUAAGCAUUUCCAUACUUUUCGUGAUUUUAAUCAUUAGGGUCGGUGUCUUACAUGGAGACAAAUGUCCUUGGGGAGACAUUUGUUAGAACUACAAGGGAAUGAAAGCACAAAGUAGUGGCAUGAUUUUAUACUUAUAACUAUGACUAUGAGGUUUUCAGGUGGUCAUAUAGGAAUAGUCAGAGGUUAUACAGGAGACGACCAUUUAUAUUAUUGGAAGCAAUUUAUAGUUUCAUUUGCAUCCACAAUUUGCUAGAUGUUCAAAAGAACUUGCAACACGUUCAGGAUGAAAAUAAUCAUAGAAGUCGGCAGUAGAUGGCGCGAGUGGGUCUCGGAACCUUUCUGUUGGGGAUCUUCGGAGAGAGGAACCGGAAAAGAAGUGGGACCCUUUGCCACUAUGUGGGGAGGCUGGAAGCUGAACUUCUUUGGGGGUCGCUUUUUAAGAGUGCUUGGGUCUGGGUGCCGGGGCAUACAGGCGGAGCGUCUUCGCCUAAUUUCCUGGGCGGAGAAUCAGCCCACUUGGACUCUACAAAUUAAACCAUGGGUUUUCAAUGAAUACAAAACCAUGUGGUUCAAAUCCUGUAGGAUGACCUUUUCCUGUUUGAAUAGAAUAAAAAAUUACAGGUCCCCUUGGAAAAGACUGUAUAGUACUUCACAGUCCACAGUUGACAGCAGUGAGGUAAAAACCUUCCGGGCCCUGGCUCAUAAGUGGUGGGAUGAACAAGGAGUAUAUGCUCCUCUUCAUUCUAUGAACGACCUGAGGGUGCCAUUUAUUAGAGACAAUCUUUUGAAAACAGUUGCUAAUCACCAACUAGGAAAACCUUUGUCUGGGAUGAAGAUUCUUGAUGUUGGCUGUGGUGGUGGAUUAUUAGCUGAACCUCUAGGGCGAUUAGGUGCUUCAGUUGUUGGAAUAGAUCCUGUGGAUGAAAAUAUUAAAACAGCACAGCACCAUAAAUCAUUUGAUCCAGUCCUGGAUAAGAGGAUAGAGUACAGAGUAUGUUCUCUGGAAGAAAUUGUGGAAGAGAAGGCAGAAACUUUUGAUGCUGUUAUAGCUUCUGAAGUUAUAGAACAUGUGAAUGAUCUAGAAACAUUUAUACAGUGCUGCUGUCAAGUGUUAAAACCUGGCGGUUCUUUGUUCAUUACUACAAUCAACAAAACACAACUGUCAUAUGCUUUGGGAAUUGUUUUUUCAGAGCAGGUUGCAGGUAUUGUACCAAAGGGUACUCAUAUAUGGGAGAAGUUUGUUUCACCUGAAAUGCUAGAAAGCAUUCUGGAAUCAAAUGGUCUGUCAGUUCAAACUGUGGCAGGAAUGCUGUAUAACCCCUUCUCAGGUUACUGGCAUUGGAACAAAAAUACCAGCCUUAACUAUGCAGCGCAUGCUGUGAGAUCCAUGGUACAGGAACACACAGUGCCUGCUGCUAAUGCUGCCACCAGCCCAGGUGUGCACGAAGAGCUGAAGAAAUGAAUUGUUUCUGAGGACUGUAGUAUUAGGGCUGAAAGUCUGAUGUUUACAGAUUCAAAAAAUAUACAACUUAUAUUUUGAGAGAGAAUCAUAAAUAAAAGAAGGUCAUUAAAAGAGCUAAA